AUCUCUCAUCGCGUCCAGUAUGCGAGGCUGCGAGCUGCGAGCUGCGAGGGCUAUUAGAGAAUAGGCCUACAGUAAGAAGGAGAACUAUUCUUGGUUAUCAGUACAAUUAUGUAACAGCAAAUAUAUGUUAAUAAUAAGAAUUAUGUUAACAAAUAAAAAAUUAAAUCAAUGGAAAUAAGCAAUUGAUUAGCGUUUAGGGCUAUCAUGUUAUUUGUUACUCAUUCAAUAAAAAUAUGUCGGCACAUAUCAUGCAACUUUGUGUCAAAAUUUUCUAUCAUCACGUGUUCUGGCUUCCUAAGGCAAAAGUCAAUGAAAACUUUGCGCUUGGAGGAACCAACACAAACGAUGGAAGAUGAUCGAUUGCAGAUUGGUGCAAUAACUCCAAUAAUUCCUUUUCCUAUUAAAAAAAAUGCCGUAUGUGAAAUCAAAAAAAAUUUACAUAAAGUAGAAAAGCCAGAAUGGAAAUCUAUAAUAAUCAAUUUUACUAUACUUCAUAAGCACUAUCUUAAGUUGUCAAAGAUUAAGUUGACAUCUCUUGUUGUAGCAACAACUAUGGCAGGAUAUGCAUUAGCUCCUGCACCAUUCGACUUUUACACAUUUACAAUGUGUUCCCUCGGUACAGGCUUAGUUUCUGCUGCGGCAAAUGCAAUUAAUCAAUUUUUUGAAGUUCCAUUUGAUGCACAGAUGUCGCGGACGAAAAAUCGAGUAUUAGUAUGUGGUCAUUUGACGCCUACUCAUGCAGUAGCAUUUGCAACAGUAUCUGGCAUUGUCGGAUUAUCAAUACUUUACUAUGAAGUAAACAGUGUGACAGCAAUGCUAGGUGCUGCUAAUAUUAUUUUAUAUACACUCUUCUAUACUCCUAUGAAACGCAUCAGUAUUGUCAAUACAUGGGUUGGUUCUAUUGUUGGAGCAAUACCCCCUCUCAUGGGCUGGGCAGGUUGUACUGAUAAUAUACUCAUGCCAAGUGCUUGGAUUUUACCUGGUAUUCUGUACAUGUGGCAGUUUCCACACUUUAAUGCUCUUUCAUGGAACUUGAGACCAGAUUACUCACGAGCUGGCUAUCGAAUGAUGGCUGUUACAAAUCCAAAUCUAUGUCGUAGAACAACUGUAAAAUAUACAAUAGCAUUAUUGGCUCUGUGUUAUUUAGCUCCUAUAUUGGAUUUAACUCAUUGGUGGUUUGUACUGGCUUCAACACCAAUUAAUGCAUCUUUCCUUUAUUUAGCCUGGAAAUUCAAUAACCACUCAGAUAGUGCUAAUUCUAGAAGAUUAUUCCGAUUUUCCUUACUUCAUUUACCUCUAUUGAUGAUGCUGAUACUCUCAAGCAAGAAGUAUUGGACCAACAUGGAAAAAAAAGAGGAAAAUGUAUCUCUUUAUGAGACAGCAAAGAAAAGUGGCUUACUAAAUAUUUUUACAUCUACUGCUUCAACAAUUUCAUCUGUGUGAUAGUAAUUUUACAUUAAUAGAGUUUUCAGCAAUAGUACAAAUUAUUAUAUUGCGAACUUGGGAUCUAUUUGAUUUUUACAAUAUCUCUCUUUCUUUCAUUAAUUAAAUAAGAUAUAAUUGGAUAAAACAGACCAUAGAUCUAAUCAAAACUAGACUACUUUAAGUUUAGUAUUAAUUUAGUUAAUAAAAAAAAUCCCAUUAAAAUUAUAUGUAAAGUUGCUUUCAUAAGAAAAUAAUGACAUUCACAGAGAACAAAAAUUAAAAUAUAAUAUAGUUUUAUUUAAAAUAUUUUAACAUAGCAUCAUUGUAUUUUCAAUAUUUUUACGUUUUGCUUCAAAUUCUUUUGCCAUUUGCCUUCUCGUCUUAGUUAGAUUUCUGUGACCAGCACAGUCUAAAUUUUCUAUGUAACAUUUAUUUCUACAGCAUUGUCGACAUAAUUUAUAUUCGCAUUUAAAACCCUGCAAUUUAAACCAUGCAUUAGAAUUUUUCUCCAAAAUGUUUUGUUAAGCAUCAAUCAUUUUCGAAAAUAUAUUCAAAAUUAUGAAAUGAAAUAAAAGAGUUAUAAAAGUUUUAACAAACCAGAGGAUUUGGACAAGCAUGACACCGAUCUGAACUUCUCUUAGGAACAGAUGUUGCUCUAUUCGGUCUACGCGCUAUUCGUUUAAGCUUCUUUGAACGUUUCCGCGAUAUUUCGUUUCCGUCCUCAUCUUUGUAUUCCCGUUUUCGAAGUGCGUCUUCCUGAAAACUCUUAUUAUUAUUUUCAAAAAAUAUUGAACUACAAUGCAAUAAGAAAAGAAUACACUGCAUAUAUUAUAAAAUAUAUGCUUAAUUUACUUGUGAUUUUUGUAUAUGUUCUUGUGGAAGCUCUCGUACAUAAGGUUGACACAACCAUGGUGGCAACUCCAAAUUAUAAUCUAGAAACAGAAGAAACAUGUAUAUAUAAAUAUGGAUAUAAUAAAUACAAACAAUGUUUAUUAAAA